AUGGCGUCCGACUGCAACGCCUGCACGUCAAUUCAAUUCUCCGGCAACGUCAAGAAGCGGCUCAUUGUGUGCUGCGACGGGACCUUCAACGGCGUCGAUAAAGGAACCAACGAGUACUCUAGCAAUGUUGCUCGCUUGUGCCGUGUGAUUUCUAAUGUGGGAAUCUCAAAGGCCGGUGAAAAGAUACCACAGGUUGUAUACUAUCAGUCCGGAGUUGGCACAGGGUCCUUGACAUAUGUCGACAAAGUUCGACAAGGCACGCCCAUGCAGGUCCUCAAAACAUCCACAUCAACUGACCUUGUUGCAGGUGCCUUUGGGGGCAGUCUCGCAGACAACGUCUGCGAAGCGUACAACUACCUCGCCAACAACUGGGGCCCGGGAGACGAGAUAUUCAUCUUUGGCUUCUCCCGCGGCGCAUAUACGGCCCGCUCUCUGGCCGGCGUCAUCUGCCAAGUAGGCCUGCUGACGCCUCUACUAAUGGACGACUUCUUCGACAUAUACAGCGCGUACAAAAAUAGAGGAAACCAGGCUUUCGACGAGACGACGUGGGCAAACGAGCGUCUCAUCCCGGGCGAGCUCGGCACCGUACCUCCGCAGCAAGGUGCGCCUGCGCCCGGCUACGGCACUCGUCUCCAACACCUGCGAAAAGUCGCACAUUUGCAUGUCAAGAUCAAGGUGGUUGGAGUGUGGGAUACGGUUGGUAGUGUCGGAGGGCCGAAUUGGUUUGGCCAGGCCGGGGAGGACACGACGUUUCUCUCCACAAAGCUCAGCCCGAAGAUUGAGAAUGCCUUCCACGCCCUCGCAUUAGAUGAAAGCCGUGGCAACUUCCCCCCCACGCUGUGGCAUAUCGACUCGACGUGUAUGCAGGAAGACGGGACAACACCCAGGGUGAAUCUGAAGCAGUGUUGGUUUCCCGGAUACCACUGUGACGUUGGAGGCCACAGCCAAGGGUCAGUCGACACGAACAGCAUCGACGAAAUCGCCUUCUCCUGGAUGUGUGACCAACUCUUUGGGCUCCUGCAGCUCAGCGGGACUGCUUUGCAGAAGUACAUCCUCCUCAGGAUAGGCACAUCUGGACUUGACACGACGAAUAAGAAUGUUCGUGAUUUGUCUGCCGCCUGGAAGGCCAUUGCGUGGAGCGACGGCGAGCUCAAGGAGACCAACUCCUUCACGAGCAUGUGGUGGCUGACAUCGCUCCUGGCCUCGGCCAAGCUUGGCUAUCAUCGGAUCCCCGGCGAGACAAAGGCCUACGAGAAGAUUGGCAAUGAAAAGAGACGCAUUCCGUACAAGCAGUUCAACGAGGAAGUCCACCCGAGUGUCAUCCAUCGAAUCAGGAACAGGAGGGGUUAUAUGCCAGGGCCGUUUGCAAAGAAUUGGAAAUACGUCGAAGCGACCGACAGCGCGCGCGCUUAUUGGGUCAAAGGCUCCGGCAAGGACGAGAUUGUUUUGAAUGAGUAUCGUAUCCCGAAGCUCGGUGGAUACGACAAAGGCUUGCCGUAUGAUCAUUGGCAGGGGAGUCUAGAGCGCACAUUUGCCCCCGAGGACGUGGUUGAGAGGCAGGACGCUGUACGGUAG